GCACAGACGUGUGUAUACCUGCCUGCCUGCCCUGCCUUCUUGCCGUCCCUUUUUCCUCUAUGCCCCAGGCCUGGGGCUUGUUUUGAGGCAGGGCCUGACUCUGCUGCUUCCUCUCAGCACUCCUAAAGAAGGGUCUGUUUUGAUAUUUACUUUGGGGGGACAGAAGGAGCUUGGAAUGGCACUCCUGCCCCGGAUCUCCUCCAAACUGCCCCCUGAUAUCAAUCCCACAAAAGCCCCCAUUGCUUAUGGCCGGAGGGGUCUCCCAAAACUCAACGAGGAGUUGGAGGACUCCGAGCUGCUGACCCGGCAGCGGGCAUUGAUGGCGCUGUGCGAUCUGGUGCACGAUCCGGAGAACGUCUACGAAGCAAUUCGGAUCGGAUUUCUAGAAAAUCUGAAGAAGUUGCUUUUAGACGAAGACAGCACUGUGAGACGGAAAACAACAGAAGUCCUUUAUAUAAUGGCAACACAUAACGUUGGCAGGAUUGGCUUUAUACAAAAUGGAGUCAUCCCAGCUCUGGCGCAGCUUUUGAAUGAUCCAGUUGACAUCUGUCGGUGGAACAUGCAUUAUGCACUGAAACUCGUGUCAGAACUGCCUUCAGGAGCUGUCGGGGUCGUGGAGAGCAGCUUGGUGCCCUCUCUGGUGAUGAAGCUGAAAACGGAGCUCGAGGAGAUCCAAGAACUGAUCCUGGAGACGCUCUCAGGCUGCCUGCGGGUGGAGGCCUUCGAGGCUCUGGCCACGGGGGCCGUCCGCAUCCUGAAGGAGAAACUGGGCCAUUCCUCGGUGAAUAUCCGGAGCAGAGCAGCCCAGGCCCUGAUGGCCAUCAGUGUCCCUCUGGAGGGGAAGAACAUGGUCUUUGAAGAAGACGUUUUCCCAGACCUUGUCAUGCUGUUGGAAGAUGAAGACGCUGAGGUCCGUGCUCAUGCAGCCGGGGCCCUGAUGAAUUCAGCAAUUACAACGCAAGGGAAAUACGCAGCGAUCAACGCGGAUGCCAUUGACACGCUGCUGCCCCUGAUCAAUGACGAGAAAAGCAAAGUCCGCCUGUACGCCAUCAAGGCUCUGACCAUGUUGUCGGAGGCCCCGGAAGGGCGCAAGACCUUGCUGCAUCAUGUGCCGGCGUUCCAGGAGCAGCUGAACGAUUCCAGCCCGGCUGUGAGGAGGGCAGCCGAGAUUGCCGUGCAAGUCAUUGAGUGGAAACCAUAGGAAACACACCCUGAGAGCAAGGUGCGAGGUUUCGUCCUUGAUACAAUUAACAAUAAAGAUCCUCCCGCA